CAUAGUUGCCUCUGGUGGUUUCUUAGCCAACGCAAGGAGAGGACAGGCAGAGAUCAGACCGAGCGGAAGCAACAAGGUAUACAGACAGACUGGACGCCGACUGGAUCCCCCACCAACACCAGCAGCGCCACCUCCCCUAUAGCCUCGCCGACUACAUGCACAGUUCCCAAUCAGACGCAGACAUGAGCCGGGCUCAAAUGCUCACAUAGCGAACGUACAGUACGAGCCGAAUAUCAAUCGCUUAGUUUUUUCUUUCCUUCUAAAAAUAACAUCCCUGCUUGCUUGCAUUGCAUUGCAGACCUCCGUUUCUAUUCGCCCCCCUCUUCUCCCUAUUCCAGUUAACAUAAAGCUCAGCCCCUCCGAGGGGGUGCUGGAAUGUACCAAGGCAAGCAACUGUUGUGCAAGACUUCAAUCAUGUGGAGAGAUGCAAGGACUCGCUCUACAUGGGGACGCCGCCACGUGGGAUUGUCGACAUCAGGCUAAAGAAGAUCUGCCAACGCUACGCAGACAAACCUCGAUAUGUGACACUGUACGAUCCUCACAAACGGAUCCCGGUUUACUCGGCUUAUACCUUCAAGAAAACAGAGGGAGACAGGCGUGUGGACUACCCUUGGAUGUACGAACCACAGCUGGCAGAAAUCGAUGGAAAUGGGAACAUGUUGCCGUUCCCCACUGGCUACCUCCACAUGAAGUUCGAGGACAGCCAGGCAGUGCUAGACGACUACUCUGACGUUGUUCUUUAUGAAAGAGGCCACUUGAACCCAGACCAGCACCAGUCCACUCCACACGACCGCGCCGCCACCUACACACUGACUAACGUGGUCCCAGAGAUCAGGGAGUUCAACAUCGGACCGUGGCGUGAGUAUGAGGAGCGAAUCCGAGUGCGCCUCAACAACUUCUGCCGUGGCACUGCCUACAUCGUCACCGGAGUGACCACCAGGGGGAACAUGAUCCGUCGCAACAACCAGGACAGGGUGGCCAUCCCUGAAGACAUAUGGUCCGCGUACUGCUGCACCGAGUACGACCGCAACUCUCCCCACGACGUGCGCAUCCUCUUCCCGUCCCAUGGGGCUUUGGCCAAGAACGCCAAAGAGGGGAACAGUGUUCAUGAGAUGACGGUGCAGGAGCUGGAGAUGUUUCUGAAAAACCACAUGGAUGUCGACCAGAACCUUCAGAUCUUCUAUGACAACUGCGUCUCUCCCUCACCUCUCCCACUGUACCUGCAGCACACCAUCUGAGGGAUGUCCCAUUUACCAUGUGUUGAUCUGUUAGACAUGUGUGUGAUCGUGCUAGAUACAUACGUUUCUCCUAAUAAGAAAGGCCAAUAUUCCACAGUAAAAAAAAGAUAAUGUUUUGAUUGUAUCAAAAUUUGAAGGUGCAUUUGUUUUGCUGUACUGUGUUGAGAUCGACAUGACUACACUGUUGUGUGGGAGGUGACGCAAAUUAAUUUAAUAAAAAUCUCACAAUUAACCAUAAUAAACCCUUAUUGUGUUUGUGUUUCUCAAACCAAAAUUAGAACAUUAGACCUCCAAUAAAUCCAGGGGUUUUGCAUUUGCAGUGACAAUAUGAAUUAGUGAGUUUAGGGGUAAAAUUUCAAUCUUCUAACUAAGCAUGAAGUAAAUAUUUACAACCUCUUUCCGUAAAACAUUGGGAAGGAUAGGAGAACUCUUCUGGAGACUUCUAUGGACCCAUAUUCAGUUUUAGUUUGUCACAUUUUCUUUUUCACUACAAGCAAAAAAAAGGUUUGUAUAUGUGGUCGGAAUGUCCCAUUCAAGUUUGUCACACCCAGAGGAAAUUAAAUAUACUCACAAAUAUAAUCUCUCAGCCUGAUUGUUAAAAAGGCACAAAGAUAUAUUCUAUUUUCCAAGACAC